UGAAUUUUUUGCAACUUUGAAAUAUUAUAUUCGUAUAUAAAAGCGCUAAUUACCGUACAGUAGUCAGUUCGUGUGUGAGUUUUCAAAGAAAAAAUCUUAAGCAAAUACAACUAUUCAGAAUGGCCACAAAAUAUAUCACCGUCCUCUUGGUUUGCAUGUAUCUUCACACAGGAUAUUGCUCACUUAGUUUUAAAGAUUUGGGUGAACAUCUACAAACUGAUGGUGUCAAAUGGGCAGAACGUUGCCAUGCCAUUACUGGAGUUACCGAAGAAGAAGUCGAAGAUGCCAUGAAAGGAAUAUUUCCAGACACCUUUGGGCCAUAUAUUACUUGUCUUUGGUUAACUUCAGAAGUGAUGACUCCAACUAUGGAUAUUAUACCGGAAAAACUGCAAUAUUAUUUGAACGAUAAGGUUCUUAAAUCAGAUGAAAUGGCACAAUACAUUCCAUGUGCUGCCAAUGCCAGAAAAUUAGGAGACGAUGUACCCUUUAAUAAAAAAGUCUUGGAAAUGAACAAGUGCCAUUACAAAAUUAAUCCAGAUAAAUACAUCAUAUUUUAAGACAGCUUAAGAGGAACCGGAACUCAUGUCAAAAAACUUGGCUUGAUACUUAUUUGUAGAAACUGUAAUAUAUAUUCUCCACAACAAUAA